AUGCUGCACCUGCCACUGCAACGCCCGCGCCACUGCAGCUGCCUGCGCGCCGCUGCAACGCACACGCGCCGCUGCAACGCCUGCGCCGCUUCACAACCCUCACUGCUGCAGCGACACGCCGCUUCUGACGCCUGCUUGCCGCUGCAACAUCUGCGCUGCUGCAGCUGCCUGCGCCGCUGCGGCGCCUGCGCCGCUGCAGGCGCCUGCACGCAUGCCACUGCAACGCCACGCGCCGCUGCAACACCUGCGCCGCUGCAACGCCUGCGCGCGGCUGCAGCGCCUGCGCGCUGCUGUGGCUGCACGCACCGCUAUAACGCCUGCCACUGCAACGCCUGCAUAGCAACCUGCAACGCCUGCACCACUGCAACUGCCUACGCACCACUGCAGCACCUACGCACCACUGCUUCACCUGCCACUACAGCACCACACACAUGCAACACCCGCACACCACUGCAACUUGCCUGCUGCACCUGCAACGCCUGCACUGCUGCAGCACCUGCACGCCGCUGCAACACCUGCCACUGCAGCGCCUGCCACUGCAA